ACAAUUCCAAGGGGACGUUGUUCGUCGAAGAAGAAUUGUCACUGAGCUCUGGAAGGAGUCGCGGGCAAGCCGCAAGCGAUAUUUUCCAGGAAAGAGGUCGAGCUCGAGCCUAACGCCACGUGGCGGUGCAAUUCAUUUCAGAAAUUCAUCAAUCACAUGAAAUCGCGAGCGCGGUCACUUUAAAACAUGCAGCAGUCGCGGACGGACUCCUUAUCCUUUCAGCUUUCUGCGCCCACCCAUCCUCCCCACUCUCCGUGUCAUCGCCAACGAUGGCGACCCAAACCCAGGAGACGUCCAGGACGCCCGAGCUCACCAUCAUCUACCGCGUCGCCGCCAUACCCCUCAUCGCGUCCUCGCUGAACACCAUCAAUGAGACCCUCAUCAACAACGCAUAUACCCGCCAGCCCUACACCACCGCCAAGGGCCUCUCCCUCUCCGCCCUCAGCUACACCGAGCCCAUCCAGAAACGCCUCGCGCCGCUGAUUGUCCGCGCGGACGGCUACGCGAACAUGGGCCUCGACGCGGUCGAGUCGCGCUAUCCGUAUCCGUUCAAGAUUCGCCCCGAGGACAUCGUCAAGGACCUGAAAGCGCGCAGCGAUUAUGCAAAGGACGUCGCCAACAAGACCCUCGACGAGAAGGUCAGGAGCCCCGCGCUCAACGUUGCACAGGGUAUCGAUCAGCGCUUCGCGCCGAUUGUUGACUACUUCGCCGUCGCGGUGAACAAAUUCCAAGGAAGCGAUGGCAACGGCACCGUAGAGCACGCUCCCGAUGCGAAGUACCAGUACCAGCGCGCAUUUGUGCUCUCAAAGGAGCUCUCCGACCAGCUUCGCACAUAUUCGACGGAGCAGAUCAACCAGCUCAAGGAGCACAACGCACUCGUGAAGCGGGCAUCCGAGACGGCACACGACAUCAGCACGCUCGCAUCGACGAGUUACGGCACGGCACAAACGAAGGUGCAUCAGCUUAGUGACACAAUGCUCGCGGAGCUGCAGAAAAUUCAGGCGACGACGGCCGCGCUCCCCGCGCACCUGCAGGCGUCCUUCCACGACAUCUCCACGCACCUCUCCUCGACGAUCCAUGACCUCUCGGCGAUCAUCACGUCGCCGGAUCCGCUCCAGGAGAAGGUGCACAAGCUGCGCGACACGGUGCAGGAGCGUGUGAACCCCCUGCUUGAGGCUGCGACGGCGCGCGUGCACGACAUUCUGGGCGCGGUGACGGGCCGCGCGGGCGAAAAGGAGGCGCAGGCUGAGGGCACAGCGAAGGGCGUUGCACGGAACGGCUCGGCGGCUUUGAGUAAUGGCAACGGCCACGGCCGCAAGUGAGCGCCGUAUAUACGACCUGUCCGUCUGGUGAAUAGUCCGGGCUAGGCUCCUUCUUCCUUGUUCUUGUUCCGCAUCUCUUCACGAAUCCCGUUCUGUGCCCAACGGCAGUAUAUCCCGUCUAUAGCGUACGUGUGUCUAUGGUGUAUCACUAUCAUAUUCUUGUGAUUUGUACCUUUUGUGCCUCGUGUUUCUAUUAGACGUUGCAUUCCUCCU